CCAGCAAAUUACGAAAUGUAGAUUUGGUAGAUAUUUUAGCUUGUCCUGCUAAAAAACUAUGGUAGAAAUGUUGGAGUGCAAUCACGUUCCCUCUGCCCACGAAGAUCAAUUGGAUAAAAAGCAAAGUGUAUGUCUACUGAGUUCAGACGUAUUGGACCAAAACCACACACAAGAAAGUGAAGAAACUACACCCCCUCAAGCUGUCUCCAAUAAUCACUUAGAUGUGCCACAUUCUACUUCAUAUAGCUACAAUAAAUUUGGUCAAGUAAAGUUACAGGCAUCAGUUUUUCUUGAAGAUGCUUUAGAAUACCGCAGUGUUCACCAUAAGACAAACGAUUUUGCUUUAAAACUUUACCAGUGGUCUCAUUCAGCACCUGCUGUUUAUUUGGUAAAUGUAACAACAUUUCUACUUCUUAUGCUUGCCUUUGUAGAAGAACCAUCAUCUCUUAUUUGGUCCUCCGAUCCUAGAAGAGGCUACACAAGAGUUGUCUUGCCGCCUGGAUACACUGAAGGUGUAGAGCUUGUAUGUUUGGUAAUACUGUGUAUUGAUACUAUUGUUCAGAGCUAUUUGGUAACAAAACAGUAUGAAAGGUCAUUUAUUCGACAAUACCCAUGGAUUGCUGGUGGGUAUGUCGUUUUAAUGAUCUCAUUUAUUGAUGUUGUGAUUUCUUUAGCACUUGGGAAUACAGUAUAUAGAAUAAGAGUACGGCGGCUUUUUCGCCCGUAUUUUUUUGUUCAGAACACCACACUGCUUAAAAAGACACUGAAAGCUAUACGGAAUACUUUGCCAGAGAUUGCCUCCGUUUUAACCUUGCUUUCACUGCACUUAUACUUUUUCACAAUGUUGGGAAUGCUGGUCUUUCCGCAUACACAUGUUCAUAUAAAUGGCACCCAUCAUCAUGGAGAAGAAUUUAACAACACAGAGUGGCAGGAGUACUUCAAAACGAUAGAUAAUGCCCUCAUGUCUCUUGUGGUUCUUCUUACAACUGCCAACAAUCCAGAUGUCAUGAUGCCAUCUUACUCAGAAAAUCGUCUGUACGCUCUUUAUUUUAUUAUGUUCUCGCUUAUAGGAACAUUUCUUAUAUUUAACCUGUUAACAGCCAUUAUUUACAACCAAUUUCGUGGCUAUUUCAAAAGCUCAAUGCAGACAAGUUAUUUUCGUCGAUGUGUUGCAUUAAGUGCAGCUUAUAACGUCAUACGUUCAGGUUCUUGUCAUAAUGUAGAACUGCAUGAUGGCUGUACAACAGACUCCAAAAUAUCUCUAACAGUAACAAUUGAAGUACUGGCCAAUACUUGCAUGCAACCAGAGAAACGUAACUUGUUAAAACAACGCACUAAGCCUUUUUUACAGAACAAUGUAUCUGAGAUUAGUUAUGGGGAAUUUUGUUGUUUGUUUGAAGGCAUUGACUCAGUUGUAAAUGCUACAAUACAAUCUCAGGCAACUGUACCAAUGUGGCGUUCAAGACAGAUGAGGUUAAUACAGAGAAUGGUGAUGUCUCGCUACUUUAACUUAAUUGGAAACCUUAUGGUUCUUUUAAAUGCAAUUUUAAUGACAGUAGAAAUUGCCAUUCACUAUGAAGAAUCAUUCCAAACUGUGUUCAGCCGUCUUAACAUUAUGAAUUACAUAUUUGUUGUUUAUUAUUGCAUUGAGCAGGUCUUGAAGAUUAUCUCACUUGGAAAAAGGUAUUUCUGCACUCUAAGCUGUCUUUAUGAUGGCCUUCUAUCCAUAGCUUUGAUUACAGUGGAAUUAGUUCAACUUUCAGAGUUUGGAAAUCAAGCAGCUGAUAUAAGCACUGGCUUGACAUUAUGGGAUUGCGCAAGAAUUGUCAACAUUUUAAUACUGCUGCGCUUGUUGAGGAUUAUUCCCAACUUCAAACCCAUGGCUUUGGUCACCAAUGUAAUGGUUCAAAUAAUAAGAAGUCUGAGGUCUUUCAUGGGCAUCAUAAUUCUCAUAUAUUAUGUAUUUGCUAUUAUAGGAAUGAUGGCGUUUGAAAAAGCAAUUGACCCACCACCUGGCUUGAAGCCUAAUACAGAUUAUGAUGUUAUAACCAGUGUCCCUGAUACUACGUUGACGCCUCCAAAUGCAUACAAAUGUGGCACAUACCAACAGUUGGAAUACUGGGCAAAUAACUUUGAUGAUUUCGCUGCUUCUCUUGUUGUACUGUGGGACGUGAUGGUAGUUAAUAACUGGGGUGUCUUUCUUACGGCCUUUAAAGAUAUGGUGAGCCCAUGGUCACAGAUAUACUUUGUUGCUUGGUGGCUUGUGUCGGCAGUGGUUUGUGUAAACCUCUUUGUGGCUUUAAUUCUGGAUCAUUUUAUCGACAAAUGGGAAGGCAGUAUGCAGGCUGGGAAUGUUAGGAGAGGAACAAUUCAGUCUCUGUUUCAAAGACAUUUGCAACGCCCUUCUGAUGAGUGCAUUCAAGAUGAACUAAGAAAACAUCCGAAUUUUGUUUAAGGUUUUAUUAUUUAAAAGUUUUACUACAAUUUUAAUUGCAGCAUGAUUACAUUUUAGCCUAGUAAGAAGCAUAUAUAUUUUAAUGAUUAUUUUAUAGAAACAUUAAAUAAUCUCAAUAUAUUUUUAUCGUUAAACACUUGAUAGUCUAAAGCUUUUCAAAUUGAUUUUAUAUUUAAGUAGGUUUUAUAAUGCAGCGUUUUAUUCUAAUGGUAUAAAUUGUGAAAAGUGUGUUGGUUUAACACUGCCAAUGUGCAAUAUGUGGUGUAUUUAACUGUGUCCAUAUAUUGUUGAAAGUUACUUGGUAUGUAGUGUAAUGGCUUCAGUUGUAUAGUACGUAAUAUAUUAUUGUACUUUGUCUAACUGUGGCUAAUGUGUAAUUCAUAAUCAAGUUCCUUGGUUAUAGAGACACUCCAGUAUUAUCCAUUACAAUCAGGUCAUUUGUCAGAACUUAUCUAAAAAUCCAUGUAUAAACUAACCUCCGUGUUAAUUAUAUUUAAAUGUGCCAUAUUAUAAAUUGUUGCAGCUUACUAGAACUAAAAGUGAAGAAAAGUUAAAAUGACUGUAAUCUUAAUUAUUUUUACCUAAUGUUUACUUCAGAUUCCUAAAUUUUGUAUCCAAAUAUUAAAAAAAAA